AUGGCGCAGGCGGUCCAGACCGUGAAGCACGGCACGAGGCUCAUCAGCGAGAGGGGGCGGCAGCGCCAGUGGCAGGGCGCCCUGGACGUCUUCGAGCGGGUGGUGCAGUCUGGACUCCGGCCCGACGACAUCCUCUUCGGCGCGCUGAUCGACGCCUGCGGCCGGGGGCAGCAGUGGGCGCUGAGCCUCAGCCUCCUGCGGAGGGCGCAGCUCAGCGCCGUGCCCCCCGGCGUGAUCACGUGCAGCGGCGCCAUGGGCGCCUGCGCGCGGGGGGAGCAGUGGGCCCGGGCGCUGCUGCUCGCGCGCGAGAUGGGGCAGCGGGGGCUCCGGCCCAACCUCAUCUCCUGCCUGCCGGUCGUCCACGCGUGCCGGAGGAAUGGCCUCUGGAGGCUGGCGACCCGGCUCCUGCGGCACGCGGGGGGCAGCGGCGCGCACGAGGGCGCCGUGCUGGCCUGCGAGGGGGCGGGGCAGUGGGCGAGGGCGCUCGACGUGGUCGGCAGCCUCGACCCCUCCGCGGCGGCGGCGGCGCUGGGCCGCGCGGCGGGCGCGUGCGCGCGGGCGCGGCAGUGGGCCGCCGCGCUGGGGCUGCUCCGCGGCGCGGGUCGCUCUCUUUGUGUGCAGCCGGACAUGGCAGAUCCCAUCGCCCCGCCGGCGCUCGACGCGCUGCUCCUGGCCUGCGACAAGGGCGGCCAGUGGGCCUGGGCGCUGCACCUGCUGGCGUCCAUGGCGGCCGAGAGGCUGCCGCCGGACACCGCGGCGUGCAACCGCGCGCUGGCCGCCUGCGGGCGGGCGCGGCAGUGGGCCCUGGUGCUGAGCCAGCUGGCCGCCAUGCGGCGCAGCGCCGUGGACCCCGACCUCACCACCGUGGCCGCGGCCGCGAUGGCCGCCGCCGCCGGCCGGCGCGGGGGCCUCGCCGCCGAGCUGCUGGAGUCGGCGGCGGCGCGGCGGCUGGCGCCGCACGCGGGCGUGUACGGCCUGCUCAUGGAGUGCGAGUGGUCGGAGGCCUGCCUGGCCCAGGAGGCCGAGCUGCUCCGCACGCUCUGCGAGGGCGAGGCGCCGCUGGCGCCGCACCCUGCGCUGGCGGACGUGGAGCCAGGGGCGGCCAGCGGGGUGUCCGACGAGCUGUGCCCGGCGGCCCCGUGCCUGGCCUCGGCUGGGCAACCAGUGCACGCUGGACAGGGCCUGGGCAGGAGCUGGGCGCGCGUGCAGCCGCACGCCUUCGCAGCGCCAUGGCCCUGCCACGGCCGCGUGGGCCGGGCCUCCGCAUCUGCCGCGUGCGUGUCCGGCAUCCCGGAGCUGCCUGGAGGCUGUGACUCACAUCCUGGAGAUCCUUGGAGAUCCCUGAUCUUGCCGGCCAUGGGAUCACAUCGUCGGAUCCUGCCGGCCAUGGAGGUCCCUGGAGCCGUGCGCCUCAUGGUGGCCGGGCGCGCCUGCGGGCCGCGGGCGCGCGGCGGGCUGCGCGGCCGCCUGGCCGCCGCGGGGGGCGCGGCCUGGCCGCCCGCGGUCGGUGUCGCGACCAUUGCCGCCCGGAGGGGGCCCUACACGCUCUUCGCCUCUGGCCGAGCGAGGGGAGUGCGGCGUGCCGCGUCCGCCCCGCGGGCCAGGGGCCUCCUGGGCGCUUCGCGCGCCUUCGCCACGAAGGAGAUCCGCCACGGCGACGCGGCGCGAGCUGGCAUGCUCGCGGGCGCGAACCGGCUCGCCGACGCGGUGGCGGUGACGCUGGGGCCGAAGGGCCGGAAUGUGGUCAUCGAGCAGUCGUUCGGGGCGCCGAAGGUCACCAAGGACGGCGUCACUGUCGCGAAGGCCAUCGAGUUCAAGGACAAGAUUGUGAAUGUUGGCGCCCAGCUCAUCAAGCAGGUCGCCACGAAGACCAACGACAUCGCUGGCGACGGCACCACCACCUCGACCGUGCUCGCCCGCGCCAUCUUCCAGGAGGGCACCAAGGCGCCCGUCCGCCGGCCCUCCCCUGCUCGAUGCCCCUCCCUCCCCCUCCCUCCUCCCCCUCCUCCCCCUCCUCCCCCCCCCCCUCCCCCCUCCUCCCCCCUCCCCCUCCUCCCCCUCCUCCCCCUCCCCCCCUCCGCCUCCUCCUCCUCCUCCCUCCUCCCCUCCUCCUCCUCCGCCUCCCCUCCCCCCUCCAACUCCUCCUCCUCCUCCUCCUCUCCUCCUCCUCCUCCUCCUCCUCCCUCUCCUCCUCCUCCUCCUCCUCCUCCUCCUCCUCCUCCUCCUCCUCCUCCUCCUCCUCCUCCUCCUCCUCCUCCGGUCCGGGGGCCUGGCGACGACAACUCUGGAGGCCAAGAACGGGCAAACGCUGCCCGUCGGGAUUGCCCACAGCCUUCCUUCAAAAGCGAGAAGACGACAGGGCAGCCAGGUGACCUGCGGCGUUAG